CCAGGCAACCAGGGGUCCCUUGCAUUUGUUCAGCCGCUCUUCUUUGGACAAGAGGUCAGACAACAAAAGCUACACCAGCCAUGCGGAGCAGUUUCUGUGGAUUAGGGGCCCUUGUGCUCCUCUUGGGCCUGGUCCGAGUUCGGGGAGAGGUACCAGUGCAAGUGGACUUCCAGCAAGACCAGUUCACUGGGCGCUGGUUCAGCAUCGGCUUUGCCUCCAAUUCCCGCUGGUUCCAGGAGAAGAAGUCCGUGAUGAAGAUGUGCUCCACGGUGGUCUCCCCAACGGCUGAAGGGAACCUGGAGGUUAUCUCUACCUACCCCAAAGCAGAUAAAUGCGAGACCCGAAAGAGCCUCUUCGUCCGGACAGAGGAGGCUGGGCGCUUCCGCUACACCAGUUCUUAUUCAGGGACCACAUCUGACGUCCGUGUCGUAGAGACCAACUACAAUGAAUACGCUUUGCUGGUGGGGCAGAAAGUCAAAGAUGGACAGACAUUCACCAUGGUCUCUUUGUAUGGUCGGACCAAAUACCUGAGGCCUGAGCUGGUGGAGAAAUUCACCCGCUUUGGUUUGGAGCAGGGUUUGAACCCAGAACAGAUCCUUAUCCUGCCCAGGACCGACCUCUGCAUGGAGUCUAUAUAAUAACAGACACCAAAGGGAAGAAGGAAGUGUCCGCCCAAUUCCUGGGAUUGAGCAAACUCUCUUGAUUAAUAAUAAAAUUAAAAUUCAAUAUA